AAAAAACUACAGAUGUUGUGUAUUUACAGGGUAAAGGAUAUGUCCAUUGUUGAAAAAACACUCAAGCUGGAGCAAGAUUACACAAGGAAUGAAACACCAGGUUUGGAAGUAAAUCUCAUGCACCGCCAACUGUCGCUGACCCGCUACUUCCACGCCCUCAAGGUGUGGUUCAUGAUGAAGUCGACGGGCGUGGAGGGGAUACGAGCCUACGUGCGAGAGAGCGCGCGCUUGUGCCGGCUGCUGGUGCAGUGGGUACGAGACGACCGCAGGUUCGAGCUGUGCGCGCCCAGCCACCUGGGCAUGGCCGUGUUCCGGCUGCGCGGAGACAACUGCCUCACGGAGCGACUGCUGGCACGGCUCAACCGCGAGGGCAACACCUGCUGCAGCCUCGCCAAGCUGCGGCACAUCUCCGCCAUCAGGUUCUUCGUCGCCUCGCAGCACACGACGGAGGACGACAUCCGGCGGGACUGGGGCGAGGUACAGCGCGUGGCCACGGCUACUCUGCGGCCGUGAGGAUGCUGGCGAGUUGCGCGGUGCUCAGGGCACCGAGACGACCGCCCGUGACGCUGCACCAACACACAACCACCUACCUCUAGCUGCAGCACUCUACCAGCCACUGCUGCAGACUCAGUCCUCGGAGGCUGCGCACCGCUGUUUCUGCUAAUUGUAGACCCACUAGAAAAUAUCCUUUAGUUAAAAUUAUAUUACCAACACAUACCUAUA